AUGCCGGCUAAGUUCACAAGACUUAUACGAUUCGAGGAUGCGCAAGGAAAGAUUCACUACGGCGAGGCUGGCCCCGACUGGGAGAAGGAUCUCCAUGGCCAGACCGUCCCAACCUACGAUAUUUCAGACCCAUGGGCUUCUGAAUUUCCUUUGACUGGAAAUCAUGUUCAAGUGGCAAAGGUUGUCGCAGUUGCCGAUCUCUGGUGCUUGCGUGUUGACUGA